UUGUCCCAUUGCUCUCUUCUCUACAAAGCUCCCCCAUCUCCCACCUUGUCUUUCUAUCACUCUCUCUCGGCUUCAAAAAAAAAGAAAAAAAAAAAAAACAUCAUCGGCAAAGAGCAAAAAAUAUAGCAAAUAUGUUAAAAUCUCCAGAACUCCCAGAUUGUUGCUAUCCAAACCAACCCAUAUUAAUCUGCCCGAGUUGUCCGACCCCCAAGCAUUCCCUCUAUCUCUCCAAUCUCGAUGACCAAAAGUUCCUUAGGUUCUCCAUUAAAUAUCUCUACCUUUUCAAGAAAUCAGUGAGCUUAGAUUGCUUGAAAUAUUCUCUUUCCAAAGUUUUAGUGGACUAUUACCCAUUAGCUGGGAGGUUGAGGCCUAGUGCCGAGGAUGAUCAGAAGCUCAAGGUUGAUUGUAAUGGAGACGGUGCCGUUUUCGCUGAGGCUUUCAUGGACAUCACUGCCGAAGAAUUUCUCGACCUUUCCAAGAAGCCAAACAGGUCUUGGAGAAAGCUCUUGUAUAGGGUGGAAGCUCUCAGUUUCUUGGAUGUUCCUCCUCUCGUAGUUCAGGUAACGAAUCUCCGUUGUGGAGGAAUGAUUUUGUGCACCGCAAUCAACCACUGUCUAUGCGACGGCAUUGGGACAUCGCAGUUUCUACAUGCGUGGGCCCAGAAAACCAGUAGGCCAAAUCUUGAUCUAGCAAUCUCUCCCUUCCACAACCGCCACGUGUUAAAACCCCGGAAUCCCCCUCAGACAAACUUCAGCCAUCCCGGAUAUACCAGAACAAACCCCAAGGAUAAUACUCACAUGGACGUCGUAAAGUUGCUGCAAUCUCAGCCGCUGGUGCCCACAUCCCUGAUCUUCACCGCCUCUCACAUUCUUCACCUAAAGAGGCAGUGCGUACCAUCGCUCAAGUGCACCACCUUCGAAGCCCUGGCAUCGCACACGUGGCGCUCCUGGGUUAGGUCACUCGACCUGUCCCCGUCACUCAAUGUCAAGCUCCUUUUCUCCGUUAAUAUCCGGAAAAAGUUGAACCCGGAGAUACCACUAGGGUUUUAUGGGAAUGGGUUCGUGCUAGGAUGCGCCCAGACCAAUGCAAAGGACCUGGUCAAUGCUAACCUGCACCAUGGCGUGAGGCUGGUGCAGCAAGCGAAAUCUGCUCUCAACGAUGACUACAUACGGUCAAUGGUCGAUUUGCUGGAGGACAAAACGGUAAAAACGGAUCUCUCGACGAGUCUGGUAAUAUCGCAGUGGUCUAAGCUGGGAUUAGAGGAUUUGGAUUUCGGAGAAGGGCAGCCGCUGCACAUGGGGCCUGUGACAAGUGAUAUUUACUGCUUGUUUUUACCGGUUGUUGGUGACUCCGAUGCCGUCAGAGUGCUCGUGUCCAUGCCGGAGGGCGUUGUGGAGAAAUUCGAGUAUUACAUGAAAGAGUUUUUGGAUAAAGAAGAUAACGCAGAAGCUAAUGGGUAUCAUGAAGAAGAUAACGGAUUGAUCUAAAGGAGCUCGUGCGUGCUUUUUUCUUUCUUUCUUUCUUUUUUUUUUUCGCCAGCUCCCACAUAAUAAGCAUGCUAUUGGAAGCAACUCACUGUAAUUUGAUCAGUAUCGAAAAGUAUAAUUAAUUGAUAGACUAGUUUUAGAAUGUUUGCUAAUAUU